AUGGUCUUGUUUCUGUUCUUGGAUGUGACAGAUGGUAAAAGUGUAACGUUGAAGCCGGCAGCUUUCCUUAUCACAAAGCCGUUUGCCUCGGUGUUGACUGAAAGCCAUCCAGCGCUACAGGCAGAAAGGCGUGCUCGUGGUGACAACAUUCGGCGGCUCCGGACGCUCAGACAGGCGGAAGGAGCUUUGGGGGCUUCUUCUUUUGGAGAAGAGCAUCUUGUCGCGCGGGACCAGCCUGCGGCAGCCGUGUGCCCGUCCUGCCCGCGGGAGCAGGUCUGCGGUCCGGUGGCGGCGGGCGUGGAGCUGCUCGGGGAUGAGUCACAGCUCUGCUCUGACAUCGCCGCUGGCGCGAGUUUAGCGCCCGCUAUGAAGCGAACGAAGAGCAAAGGGCCACUUUUCACCCUGUGGGUUAUGCUAAAGCAUUUAGAAAGAUUUGAACGUAAAAAACCGAAGGAAGAUGUGGUAGUUCAGAUUCCAAAAGGUGGUGCCCUUGAGAAAAAUCCUCGCUACGUGAACCAAGAGCGCUGCAGGGUGUCGUACUGGGAGGAACACCAAGGUUUAGGCACGGAGCAUCUGGUAAAACUCUGGAGGCAAAACCGAGUCGGAGAUGAUGCCUGCCUGGUAGUAGUGGUGGUGCCUCAGGUGAAUGAAUAUAUUAGUGAUGUGACAGCAAUUGACUAA